ACUGCUGGAGCAGGCUGACAGCUCAGCACCUUGUGGGGCUGAGGGAGCAGGGCUCAAGGUAAGGGCUUGUCUGGGAAAUGCAAGCUGGGGGCUGGGGCUAGAGCUCAGAAUAUUCCCCUGUAUACAGAGCUACAGAGCUGUCAGUUCAGUCCUCAGUAGUGCUAAACAGUUGUUAAUUGAGCAAUGAAAAUAAUUUUAUAGGCCAUACUGGGAAGACCAAUAGUUUAUAGAAAAAAGUAAUUUAGUAAAAGUUAAUUCAGCUUUUAUUUCUCUACAUUUUUUUGUCCCACAAAGUUUUCCACUCUUUGCUUUUUUUUUUCUAAAUCACAUAUUCAAAGUAAAAUUACUGAGAUCAGAAACUCUUUAGGACAAAAUAAACGCCCACUGUGAGAUGUGGGGAAGUGGGUCUUUGGCACAAUAGGAUGCCACCUCUUCUUCUCACGUGGUGUCCCUACCCAAGGGGUAUUAUCUUGGGGUUUUCAGAGAUAACAUGAGUUAUAAAUCUGUUCCACAUGGUAGUGUGUGACCAGAAACUGGUAUGGCAGGCAGUGUCUUUGUCUGUGACUUCUAUAAUGGAAUAGCAGGUCUUGCAGUAUAAUGAUUUAGAGUGUUUGUGAUGAGAAGUAUAAGCAAGAAACCCAGGGGGUUUGAUGUAAAGAGUCAUCGUCUGAGCAGUCAUUGUGUGAAGAAAAUAGAAUACUGAAAUUAUAAGUAAUUCAGUGAUGUUAAGUCAGCUUCUCUCAAGAAGUGUCAUAUUUCAGUUGAAACUUGAUAGCUUUGAAUAACUAGUCAAGGAAUAGUCAGGAAAACACUUUGCUAGAAGAAAUAAUGACUAUGAAAGCUCAGAGGUGAGCAGGUCUUGAUUAUUUGAAGAACAAAGAAAGACCUUGGCUUCCUGGAGCCCAGUCAGGGAGAGGAGACAGUGUUUGUAGUGUCAGACAAUGAGCAGAACCAUGUGUCGAAUGUCCCAUAGGCCAAGAGAACUUUUGAUAGGUUCCUAGAGGUCGGAGCCAUGAAGGAUUUUGGUCUAGAAAGGGACAUAUACAUGGGGUGACAUGGCGUCACACUGUCUUCUUGGCUUGCCUGUUGAGAGAAGCCUGCUUUUGUUGCUCUUAUGUCCUGCUGUAUGGCUACACAUUAUUCUUUGUUUCCCUUUGGCUUCUUUCAUGAUUGCCGUUGCAGUGCUCUUGACUGAGGCUCUGAUUAUGUUCUUUGACUUUAGUUUUAAAAGAACUAGUCGGUCAGAGUCAAGAACACUAAAUAAUAUCAUCAGACUUGAACAUAUAUGGUUUGGUUUAGGAAAUAAUGAGAAAUGCACAUUUGUUUUUUUCUGGGGAUUUUAAGAAGCUGGACUUUAAUUUUCAUGUUACAAAAAACAAAUUGGCAGAGUCCCUGAGUAUAAAGGAAUUAAGUUUACGAUUAGAAGGAAAGUGGAAUGAAAAGUAAAUGUAGGGGUUGGGGAUUUAGCUCAGUGGUAGAGCCCUUGCCUAGCAAGCACAAAGCCCUGGGUUCGAUCCCCAGCUCCGAAAAAAAUAAAAAGAAAAAGAAAAAAAAAAAAAAAAGAAAAGUAAAUGUAUUGUGUCUGGAAGGCGCACCAACACCAGCCCAAGAGGAAAAGAUGACAAAUUGGGGUGCUCUGUGAUUGUGAAGGAUCUGGUGCCGACAUGGAGCUUUCUAGACCAUCUCCUAGUACCUGACAGAUGUGAACACUAAGCUUGCUGUUGGCUGCAGCUGUUUCCUUUUCCUUCAUCGUGAAAACACUGUUCUGUCUGAAGUGCUUAGGAUCAAGUACAGUUUGACUUAUAAUCACAGUAGAGUGAUUUCCAGGUUCUCUGAGACAACUGCCAGGAAGAGAAUUAUUUACCUCAGAGGCUGACAGUAAAGGAAAGCCUAGGACUUAGACUUUAAAAUCACCGUGGUAGUCAGCUUACGGCAGUUUGCACCGUAACGUGCAGUCCAGUUUUGUGUAUAUUCAUAGCAUGCUCUUUGGUAGCGAGCAGAGAAGCUCUUUUCUUAGGUUGAUUUAAGAACAUGUCUCUGUGGCCGUGAGCCCCAAGGCCUUCUCAGAGCUUCAUAAUGUGGCGAUGGCUCUGCAGCCUGGGUAGUGGGUGCUUAGCUCCCCUGCAGCUGCGCACUGCCUGGUUCUGUCUUCACCAGAAGCAAGCUUUGUUCCGUGUGGCCCUACUGUCCGUGCACAGAGCUGCCUUUGAUGGGCUGUCUUUGACGUGAUUUGUUUACAGCAGCCAGAAUGCUUCCUGCAUAAUGAGAACAGUUAAUCAUGGAAACUGGGCUCUUCCUGUCUGUGCACUUGUAGCGGCUUCUGUUGUAAAUAUUAAAAGGUAAUGACCAAAGGAUGAAAACCUUUUUUAAAAGGUGCAAACCAUCUAAGCCAUCAGAUCAUGUGACUGCUACUGAUUUCAUGGAUAUCUUUAGGGAAGCAGAAAACGAUUGCUGAACACAUGCCUUGUGUUUUGAUGAUUGCAUUAAAAGUCCCCGAGUGGGAUGACAUUUAUUGGCUUUCAGAGCUUUUCUUAGAUUAAAUUUCAGGCAUCCAUUACAAGGAGAAAUAUCACAACGUGUAUCUAACAGCAUAUGUGCAGCUAAAGAGUAAUUUUGAUCAAGCCCUGCUAAGGUCCGCUGAAAAAACGAGGGUUUUCAGCAAGACCCCAGACUUUUAUUUUGAAGUGGAGUAGCAGCUGUUGGCUAUUGCGGUGCAGAGCUGCAGCGCGGCCUGGGUCACACAGUGCUCCCGGUGCCUGUAGGCUGCAGGCCGAGCCCAGUGGCGCAGGCACUAAGCUACACUUAUUUUGCUGUGAUAUUUGACCUUUCGGUUUGAGAGAGCUCCCUGGACCAUCUGAAUGGCUAUGGGAGAUGAUAAAAGCUUUGACGAUGAGGAAUCAGUGGAUGGAAAUAGGCCAUCAUCAGCUGCUUCAGCCUUCAAGGUUCCUGCACCUAAAACUCCUGGAAACCCUGUCAACAGCGCACGGAAGCCCGGUUCAGCAGGUGGCCCUAAGGCUGGAGGUACUUCUAAAGAAGGAGGGGCUGGAGCAGUUGAUGAAGAUGAUUUUAUAAAAGCUUUUACAGAUGUUCCUUCUAUUCAGAUCUAUUCUAGUCGAGAACUUGAAGAAACGUUAAAUAAGAUCAGGGAAAUUCUGUCAGAUGACAAACAUGACUGGGACCAGCGUGCCAACGCACUUAAGAAAAUCAGAUCACUACUUGUUGCUGGGGCUGCACAGUAUGACUGCUUCUUCCAGCAUUUGCGUUUGUUGGACGGCGCACUUAAGCUGUCUGCGAAGGACCUCAGAUCCCAGGUGGUCAGGGAAGCUUGCAUCACCGUUGCCCAUCUUUCAACGGUUUUGGGAAACAAGUUUGAUCAUGGCGCUGAAGCCAUUGUACCUACGCUUUUUAAUCUUGUCCCCAAUAGUGCAAAAGUCAUGGCAACUUCUGGAUGUGCAGCAAUCAGAUUUAUUAUUCGGCAUACCCACGUACCCCGACUUAUACCUUUAAUAACAAGCAACUGCACAUCAAAGUCAGUUCCUGUGAGGAGACGUUCAUUUGAAUUUUUAGAUCUGCUGUUGCAAGAGUGGCAGACUCAUUCGCUAGAGAGACAUGCAGCUGUUUUGGUUGAAACGAUUAAGAAGGGAAUUCAUGAUGCUGAUGCUGAGGCCAGAGUGGAGGCAAGAAAGACAUACAUGGGUCUUAGAAACCACUUUCCUGGUGAAGCUGAAACAUUGUACAACUCCCUCGAGCCAUCCUAUCAGAAAAGUCUUCAAACAUACUUAAAGAGUUCUGGAAGUGUAGCUUCUCUUCCACAGUCAGACAGGUCCUCGUCAAGCUCACAAGAAAGCCUCAAUCGUCCUUUUUCAUCUAAGUGGUCAACAGCAAAUCCUUCAGCUGUAGCUGGAAGAGUGUCGGUGGGAGGCAGCAAAGCCAGCCCCCUUCCAGGAAGCCUGCAGCGCUCUCGAAGUGACAUUGACGUGAAUGCCGCCGCCGGUGCCAAGGCGCAUCAUGCUGCUGGACAGGCUGUGCGAAGUGGGCGUUUAGGCGCAGGUGCCCUGAAUCCAGGUUCCUAUGCAUCACUAGAGGACACUUCUGACAAGAUGGAUGGAACAGCAUCUGAAGAUGGUCGGGUGAGAGCCAAGCUUUCUACACCACUUGUUGCUGUGGGAAAUGCCAAGACCGAUUCUAGAGGGAGAAGCCGGACAAAAAUGGUGUCUCAGUCCCAGCGUUCAUCGUCACCUGACAAAAAUGAAGGAUCACAAUCUGCUAAUACCGUUGGUGCUGGCAGCAGAUCUGGGUCUCCGGGAAGAGUUCUAACCACAACAGCCCUCUCUACUGUGAGCUCUGGUGCUCAACGAAUCCUGGUCAAUUCAGCUUCAGCACAGAAGAGAAGCAAGAUACCAAGGAGCCAGGGCUGCAGCAGAGAGGCCAGCCCAUCUAGGCUUUCAGUGGCCCGGAGCAGCCGGAUUCCUCGGCCGAGUGUGAGUCAAGGCUGUAGCCGGGAAGCUAGCCGAGAGAGCAGCAGGGACACAAGUCCGGUCCGCUCUUUCCAGCCCCUUGCCUCCAGACACCAUUCCAGAUCCACUGGUGCCCUCUACGCCCCCGAUGUGUGUGGGGCCGCAGGUCCAGGAUAUGGGAUGAGCCAGUCAAGCCGGUUGUCAUCCUCUGUCAGUGCCAUGCGGGUCCUAAACACAGGCUCCGAUGUGGAAGAGGCGGUAGCUGAUGCCUUGCUCUUAGGAGACAUACGGACUAAGAAAAAACCUGCUCGAAGACGGUAUGAAUCAUACGGAAUGCACUCAGAUGACGAUGCCAACAGCGAUGCUUCUAGUGCGUGUUCAGAACGCUCCUAUAGCUCUCGAAAUGGUAGUAUUCCUACCUACAUGAGACAGACAGAAGACGUGGCAGAAGUCCUCAACAGAUGUGCUAGUUCCAAUUGGUCAGAGAGGAAAGAAGGCCUCUUGGGUCUACAGAACUUGUUAAAAAACCAGAGAACACUAAGUCGAGUUGAACUGAAAAGAUUGUGUGAAAUUUUCACAAGAAUGUUUGCAGAUCCUCAUGGCAAGGUGUUCAGCAUGUUUUUGGAGACCCUAGUAGAUUUCAUACAAGUCCACAAAGAUGAUCUUCAAGAUUGGUUGUUUGUUCUGCUGACACAACUGCUGAAAAAAAUGGGUGCUGACUUGCUUGGGUCUGUUCAGGCAAAGGUUCAGAAAGCCCUUGAUGUUACAAGGGAAUCUUUUCCAAAUGAUCUUCAGUUUAAUAUCCUAAUGAGAUUUACAGUUGACCAGACCCAAACGCCAAGCUUGAAGAUAGUCACGCCAGCACUGCGGGACCAGCUUCACUCUUUUUGGAGCUCAAAGGUGAAGGUGGCUAUCCUUAAGUACAUAGAAACUCUGGCAAAGCAGAUGGACCCAGGAGAUUUUAUAAAUUCCAGUGAAACUCGCCUGGCAGUGUCUCGGGUCAUCACCUGGACGACAGAGCCCAAAAGCUCUGAUGUUCGAAAGGCAGCACAGUCGGUGCUGAUUUCUUUGUUUGAACUCAAUACCCCAGAGUUUACAAUGUUACUAGGAGCUUUACCAAAAACUUUCCAGGAUGGUGCUACUAAACUUCUUCACAAUCACCUUCGAAACACUGGCAAUGGCACUCAGAGUUCCAUGGGGAGUCCUUUGACGAGACCAACACCUCGGUCACCAGCCAACUGGUCCAGUCCUCUUACUUCUCCUACCAACACGUCACAGAAUACGUUAUCUCCAAGUGCAUUUGAUUACGACACAGAGAACAUGAAUUCUGAAGACAUUUACAGCUCCCUUAGAGGUGUCACUGAGGCAAUCCAGAAUUUCAGCUUCAGAAGCCAGGAAGACAUGAGUGAGCCGCUGAAGAGGGACCCUAAGAAAGAGGAUGGUGACACAGUAUGCAGUGGUCCUGGGAUGUCAGAUCCAAGAGCAGGAGGCGAUGCCCCUGACUCCAGCCAGCCAGCUCUUGAUAAUAAAGCAUCUUUGCUGCACUCAGUGCCACUCCACUCCUCUCCGCGCUCCCGUGACUAUAACCCAUAUAACUACUCAGACAGCAUCAGUCCCUUCAACAAGUCUGCCCUCAAGGAAGCCAUGUUUGAUGAUGACGCCGACCAGUUUCCUGACGAUCUCUCCUUAGACCAUUCUGACCUAGUUGCAGAGUUGUUGAAGGAGCUAUCUAACCAUAAUGAACGCAUAGAAGAAAGGAAAAUUGCCCUGUAUGAGCUCAUGAAGCUGACCCAGGAAGAAUCGUUCAGUGUUUGGGAUGAACACUUCAAAACAAUAUUAUUGUUACUGCUUGAGACCCUUGGGGAUAAAGAGCCUACAAUCCGGGCCUUGGCGUUAAAAGUUUUAAAAGAAAUCUUAAGGCAUCAACCAGCAAGAUUCAAAAACUAUGCAGAGCUAACUGUCAUGAAAACAUUGGAAGCACAUAAAGAUCCUCACAAAGAGGUGGUGAGGUCUGCUGAGGAAGCUGCCUCCGUGUUGGCUACUUCCAUUAGUCCAGAGCAGUGCAUCAAAGUGCUUUGUCCAAUCAUACAGACUGCUGACUACCCAAUUAAUCUGGCUGCAAUCAAAAUGCAAACAAAAGUGAUAGAGAGAGUGUCCAAGGAGACCCUUAACCUGCUCUUACCAGAGAUCAUGCCAGGUCUAAUACAGGGUUAUGAUAAUUCAGAAAGCAGUGUCCGGAAAGCUUGUGUCUUCUGCCUGGUGGCUGUCCAUGCGGUAAUUGGUGAUGAACUAAAGCCACAUCUCAGUCAACUCACGGGUAGUAAAAUGAAGCUGCUGAACCUUUACAUCAAACGUGCACAGACGGGCUCUGCAGGAGCCGACCCCACUACUGAUGUUUCUGGACAGAGUUAGUGCUGCACAUGAGCCUCCCAGGUCUCUGAAAGGACAACUGCCUGCCCUCCUCAAGGAAAGGAAACUCAAAUACAGCUUUGGGACUCAGCUACGGUUUCCCAGUUCUAGCCUUUUGUUUUGUUCUGUUUUGUAUUUUCUGUAACAGAGGGGUGUCCUCAGUCUGCAUGUAACUUUAUGAUAGUUAUUCCAAGUUCAGGAGAAGCAGUAUUAACAUCAGUUGAUCAGUACAAAGUAAUUUUUUAAUCUAAUUCACCAUUUCACAUGUUUGUACUUCUUUGUCUUCCCAUUAACCUUUGCCAGUGUUAUGAUUGUAUAAAUUUUUUAAAAUGCUGGUUAAACAGGAAUGCUUAAAGCUUUAAAAGUUUAACAGUCUAAACUUUUUUUUGCCUUUAUUCAACUGCAGAAGAAUAUUUUUAUUGCUACUUUUGUUCCGUAUCAUGUCCUAUGCUAGAAAUACUGACAAUAAUGUGAGACAAAGCAGGGCUACUUGGAACUCCAGCCAGACUCUGUUGAUGUGGCGGUGGUACAUGUCGUUAGCUGCGACUUCUUUGGGAUGACCUCAAAGAGAAAUGUCAUAGAAUCAGCCAGUUUUGUAAGACUGAUAGUGUCUGUUGGUUCUUGAUCUUGCCACCUUUAUUUAAAGCCGUGUCCCUUCUUUUACCACGAAAGAAAGCUGCACCCAAUCACCUGCCUCGGCUUCCGUGGGGAUUAGUACAGUGCCGGGUUUGGUUGCCGAGCCUUUGGUUUAUCUUUGUUGUGAAUGAUGCUUUUUGUUGUAUUUAUUAAUAUCAAAUUCACUUAUGAAUAGACUUGAUAAUGGAAACAGAUGAAAAAAAAUCAAGUGCAUGUGUGUCUUUGACUGUUCUGUUUCUCAUUUGAUAAAUUAAUUAUUGACAUGGGAGUCAACCAGCACCUUCUUGUUGAAUGGUGGAACCUGGUUUCCUUUGACCAUGAAAUUGUCUCAUAAAAGCACGAUCCUGACGAGAGAGAAGACGGUGCCGAGCCUCUUGUCCAGUGGCUCACACUCUACCUCUUCAGGGCUGACCCUUUAACCAACCCGCUGCCUGGAGUGUCUUGGAAAACUACUUCAAAGGUGAUGUUUUGUUACUUUUUAACAUUUUUUAAUCACCUCUGCUAACGUUAUUUUCAUGUGCAGCCAACUUUCAAAUAUCACCAGUUUGGGUGAAAGGCCAAAUUAGGUCAUUUGGAACCAGGAUACUAUUGAUUUCUCAUCUUGACUUUUGUUUUGUUUUGUUUUUUUGAAUCCUAACAUGAGGUGAAUGUGACUGGAAAGCAGAUGGCUGUGGGAGCAGUUUGCUGUUGUUACAGAGCUACCUGUACUUCGUUCAGCUGGAAAAAUGUAGAAAUGUAUGUAAAGGGCGUGAGCGGAGAGAACUGGAUGGGUGAUUGGUCGGAGAAGCUUUUCCUUUCCUUCCUUUUUGUUCUGUUUUAGCAGCAAGAAAAGAUAUUACUCCAUCCCCUCUCCCCUACUGUAACAGUUUUGUUUUCUACUGUUAAUGACAUUGUGUAUUUAUAGUUCUAUGCUUACCGUUGUGCAUAUACUGGCAAUAAAACUGUACAUAACAUUACUUGAAAACCUUAA